AUGAGUAGAGCGUGGGCGAGAACCGGUCUUAUUCGGAGGGGCGACGCGGUGCGGGAGGCGGCUGUCUGUGCGACGAAACGCAGCCGACGCCUGGGAGUUGCCGACGCCGCGGCGCGCCGGUGCGCUGGAAAUCUCCUACGCAAACGCAUGGACUGGCGUUCGAACGUGAGCCAAUGCGCUGUUGAGGGAGGUGCUCCCACGAACAGACAUCUCCAAGAUGAAGGUGGAGCACUGCAGCUCGUUCGCAAAUUGCUCGUCGUGCCUGGAGGCGAAGGACCCGUACUGCGGCUGGUGCUCGCUGGAGAAGAGGUGAGUGCGGGGGCCGGCUCGGCUCCGGAGACCGGCCGCUGGGCUCGGCCCCAGUUGCCGGCCGCGCAUAAUCAGGCCUGCGUGCUUAUGCGGUGCCGCGUUCCAGGGAGACAGUGGGGCCGCCGCCCCUGCUUGCACUGGGGAAGGGGGGCUGGAGGCCCGGCAUUCCUUGCAACUUCUAUUGAACGAAACCGAACCACUUCACAUAAAUCAUCUCGCAAACGACUUCUGCGUCCUGGUCUCCGGUUCUACAGUAUUGUGUGCGACGUGGGACAAGCCAGUGCGGAGCCUUAA